UUGAAACUCAGACAGUCAUUGCCACUGAGAGGUGAAAUGGCGCAGAAAGGAGUUCAGCUGGACUGGGAAACCUUCUCUUGUUCUAUCUGUUUGGAUCUGCUGAAGGAUCCAGUGACUAUUCCCUGUGGACACAGCUACUGCAUGAACUGUAUUCAAAGCUUCUGGGAUGAAGAGGGUGAGAAUAAAUGCCACAGCUGCCCUCAGUGUAGGCAGACGUUCACACAGAGGCCUGUCCUUAUGAAAAACACCUUGUUAGCAGUUUUACUGGAGGAGUUGAAGAAGACUGGACUCCCAGCUGCUGCUACUGUUGAUCACUGCUGUGCUGGAGCUGAAGAUGUGGCCUGUGAUGUCUGCACUGGGAGGAAACUGAAAGCCCUCAAGUCCUGUCUGGUGUGUCUGGCCUCUUACUGUGAGAAACACCUCCAGCCUCACUAUGACGCAGCUCCAUUACAGAAACACAAGCUGGUGGAGCCCUCCAAGAAGCUCCAGGAGAACAUCUGCUCUCAUCAUGAUGAGGUGAUGAACAUGUUCUGUCGCACUGAUCAGCAGUGUAUCUGUUAUCUUUGUGCUGUAGAUGAACAUAAAGGCCACGACACAGUCUCAGCGGCAGCAGAAAGGGCUGAGAUGCAGAGAGGGCUUGAUGGGAGUCGAAAACAAAUCCAGCAGAGAAUCGAGGACAGAGAGAAAUAUGUGAAGGUACUUCAGCAGAGUGUGAAGGCUAUCAGUCACUCUGCUGAUAAAGCAGUGCAGCACACUGAGAAGAUCUUCACUGAGCUGAUCUGUCUCCUUGAGAAAAGAUGCUCUUAUGUGAAGCAGCGGAUCAGAUCCCAAGAGGCGACUGAAGUGAGUCAAGUGAAAGAGCUUCAGCAGAAGCUGGAGCAGGAGAUCACUGAGCUGAAGAGGAAAGACGCUGAGCUGAAGCAGCUCUCACACACACAGGAUCAUACCCAGUUUCUACUCAACUACACCUCACUGUCACGACUCAAGAAAUCUACACACUCAUCCAGCAUCAGUAUCCAUUCUUUGAGGUAUGUUGAGGACGUGAUAGCAGUUGUGUCAGAGACCAGAGAUAAACUACAGGACAUUCUGAGAGAGACAUGGACAAACAUCUCACUGACACCGAAUGAAGUGGAUGUUGUACCGCCACAACCUGAGCCCAAGACCAGAGCUGGAUUCUUAAGAUAUUCAUGUAAAAUUACACUAGAUCCAAAAACAGCACACACACAGCUGUUAUUAUUUGAGAGAAACAAAAAAGUGAUGGUAAUGAAACAACAACAGUCUUGUGCUAUUCACCCAGGCAGAUUCACUGGCUGUUGGCAGGUCCUGAGUAGAGAGAGUCUGACUGGGUGUUGUUACUGGGAGGUGGAGUGGAAAGGGACAGGACAUUAUGUAGCAGUCGCAUACAAGAGUAUCAGCAGAUCAGGGAGGGAGAAUGAAAGUGGAUUUGGAUGCAAUGACAACUCUUGGGCAUUAUGCUGUGAGCAAAACAGUUCUAGUUUCUGGUACAACGGCAUCAAAACUCCCAUCUCAGGUCCUCAGUCCUCCAAACUUGGGGUGUACCUGAAUCACAGAGCAGGUAUUCUGUCCUUCUACAGCAUUUCUGAAAAGAUGACUCUCCUCCACAGAGUCCAGACCACAUUCACUCAGCCUCUCUAUGCUGGAUUUGGGUUUGAGGAUUAUGGCGACACUGCUGAGUUCUGUAAGCUCAUAUAGUUCCGCCUAGAGAAAAAGAGAACCACAGGCUGAAACCAAGAGUCAGCAAUAGGAAGUUAAGGCUGGGGAGGAAGUUUGUAUAGUCAUUUUUUAACUAUUGAAAAAUCAAAUGAUUCUGAGUCACAACCUAAAGUAUGAUCUUAUUUGAUUUGCUAAUGUGAUGUGGUGUUGUAUGUUGCAGUAAAAACUGAAGGAAGUUAUGGUGAGGAUGAUGUAAUAUCUAGAAAUUAUAACUGACUGCUUUAUUAAUUGGAUGAUGUUAGAACGAGUAUAUGAAAUUAAAUUUCUAGGUGUCAUAGUGGAUGAUAGAUUCACCUGGAAAUCUCAUGUCAGAUAUAUUCAGCAUAAAAUAGCAAAAAACAUAUCGAUAUUGGCGAGGGUUAGACAUAUGUUGGACAUAAAAGCACUACGUAUUUUGUAUUCUUCAUUGAUUUUACCAUACUUGGAGUAUGGCGUUGAAAACUGGGGAAACA